CUGCUGAGGAGAGGUCACAUCUGCUGGAACGAGUCUGGGGAAGACCAUUUUUCUUUGAAGCCAAGUAUGAUCAUCAUAAAUUGAGAAGAAACUGAAGAUAAGUAGCCAGAUCAGGACCUUCAAAACUCCAGAAGAUGUGUGACCAGCCAAAACGCAAUUCGUGCUGCCAGCCCAAAUCCCCGUGCUGCCAGCCCAAAUCCCCAUGUUGCCCGCAGAAACCUCCGUGCCGCCCACAGAAGCCCCCAUGCAGCCCACAGAAGCCGCCACGCAGCCCACAGAAGCCACCAUGCAGCCCACAGAAGCCGCCAUGCAGCCCACAGAAGCCCCCAUGCUGCAUUCAGCCCAAGUGCUGCUGUCUGGAGCCAAAACCUGAAUGCACUUGCCUUAAUAAGGAUUCUGAGCCCACAUCACCCAAAACUCAGAGCAAGAACUCUCAAACCCAACAGCAACCCCAAAGUCCAAAAGGAGGACCCAACCUAGGUAAUUUGGGGCAGAAGAAGCCAAAUAAGUAGAGGGGUAUACCCAUCACUUAGUGGGGCCAGGCUAGACCUACAUUUAGAAAAGCUGUUUCUCACUGACCAUCACUUAGUACAAGCAGAAGCCUCUAUUUCCCUUCACAACAUCCCCCUUAGGAAGCCCCCCAACUGGAAAUGGAGC